UACUUACCAACCUCUCAUUCUCCAAACCUAGCGCAACCGCCGUCCCCAUUUCUCCCCAUUUUCAAUGUCAGAUCCAUACGAAAGUGUAAAAGCAGGCCGCUUAGCUUUCAAAGGAGGAACCCUAGCAACAACAUCUAAAACAAUCGACAAAAAGAAAAAGAAAAAGAAGAAAUCCAAAAACCCUAAUCUCGAAGACGAAACCCUAACUCUAAACGAAGAAGAAUUAGAAAAACUCGGAGGAGAAGGUUCAGAAUCAACGGAGUAUACCAUCGAUGCAGCGAAGAAAAUGAAGUACGAUCAACUUUUUCCUGUUGAAGCUAAGAAAUUCGGUUACGAACCGAAAACGAAGGUGAAAAAUGUUGAAGAUGCUUUGGAUGAUCGUGUUAAGAAGAAAGCUGAUCGUUACUGUAAAUGAUGUAAUGUAAUUGAUCACAUGGAGUAUUUGCUUGAUGAAAAAUUUGAAAGGUUGGCUUUGUAGUAUCUUUGCCUGAAUGAUAUUUGAUAAACUGACAUCAUACAUCAACUAAUGAGUGAGUAAUACCGGUGAAUUGUGAAUUUAUUGACUGAACUCUUGCAUUAAUCUUCCAACAGAGUUCUGUUUCAAAGGAGUUACAAAAGAAUUUAGAAAAAUGAAGUUAUGUUAUAACGGAGUUAUGAAAGAACUUGAGUAACUGAGAUUAACUGCUGAUCACCACAUAGAGGGGCUGCUGCGUCUCGUAAACAUUCAACUACAAAAUACAGCUCAUAUCUAAACUAAGCGGAUGCUGGGUAAUAUUCAGUAUCAUUCACUUCUGUGUUAGGUCUGGCAUGUUUGAGAUGUUGGCAUAUUUGAGAUGUCUUGCAUUGUAAAAAUAUGAACCGUUUUUCUUUAUGUUGGUGUAGAGUUUAAUCUGACAUUAUCAUGACAGAGUUUGAUGUAAAUUACUUUGUAUACCAAUUUAUUUUUUGGCAAGUCA